UUUAAUAAUGGAUACGGUUCCCCUCUGCUCGUGUCCAGUCGUUCUACAGUCUUGCUUCUCAGUGUCUCAUCGCCUAUCCAGCAGCCUGUCACAACAAUUGUCAGCGUCAUCGACUAUCCCAGAUUAUCUGCUUGAUAAUUUGACAUCCGCCUCCGACGCGUCCCGGUAGCGCCUCAGCAUUUGGAGGGCAGCCUGUUAUUUGGAGCUCCUGUGUCGUGCAGUUGUUCAUUGUUGUCACAGUCCCCCUCCUCCAGAUCCACUAGAUAUCGAGACUCUCAGGAACAAUGGCAGCUAUCAUCGAUAACACACAGCUUGCGCCAGCGUCGCCUACAUCUCAAAAGCGAAAACGUGCCGACUCGGACACUCAGCCAUUAACUCCCCCACUUUCCGACUGCUCUCGCGCGCCCGAAGGAACGCGUCUUCUUUCACGCGCUGUCAACGUCUUGUCAACCGCCGCAACCGCGCUUUCGCAAGUCAGCAUCCUGUAUGAAACGGACCCUGUUGCCAGGGAAGGUUUACUCCAAGCCGUCGAACUGAUUACCAGCAUCAAUGAGGCCGGUGGCAAGCUGAUCAUCUGUGGUGUGGGCAAGAGCGGGCUAGUGGGGCAGAAGAUGGUAGCGACCAUGAAGAGCCUGGGGAUAGGCUGCUCUUUCAUGCACGCAGCCGAGGCAAUUCACGGCGACCUCGGUGACAUCAGAAAGGAUGAUGCCAUCAUGUUUAUUUCCUACUCUGGCAAGACAGGCGAGCUCAUGGCUCUACUCGACCACAUCCCCUCGCAUACGCCCAUUAUCGCCGUCACAUCGCACACGCACCCUUCGAAAUGCCCAUUGCUCAGCGAGCGUCCCGACGCUAUCCUGCUUCCUGCACCGAUCCACGAACUGGAGGAAGUUUCCUUUGGCGUUUGUGCACCUACAACCUCUACAACCGUUACAAUCGCUGUCGGCGACAUGCUGGCGCUAACUGUAGCGGAGGCAUUGUACCAGGAAGAGACAAAGAGCGUCUUCAAGAAGAACCACCCAGGAGGAGCCAUCGGCGCGAAGGCGAGGCGUCUGAACAGCGACACAAUCGACAUCACUGUGAGCACGCACGAUGGCUUGAUCACACCGCCAGCGGUCUGAAGCAGUUUUGACAUCUCUUACAUUUGGAAAUGUACUGUCUCGUGGACCAGCUCAUGGAGCAUGCCACACUAAAGAGACACUGUACACGUGUGCUAACACAGAUAUUCUCACAGCGAUAUUUCGCACUCGUGUGCUUUCAGCUACUCAGUUGCACAGCUGAGUCGAUUCCAGCUUCUGGACAAGAGAUACCCCAGGUUCGAGCAAGUGCAGUGCUUGACACGCAUCCUUGUUCCCCACAACAACGACAUGUAACGACUUUUGAAUAAUUAUACCGGAGUACAGGCGAGGCGCAG